AUGUCACGCGUUAACAAACCUCCAAUCUCUAUCUCCCGUCUUUUAUGUAAUGUAAAGGAUAAACCUGAUAAGAUCGCAGUGGUUGUUGGCACGGUUACAGAUGAUAAUCGGGUGUUAGAAAUCCCUAAAAUUACUGUUGCAGCACUUCGUGUCACAAAGUCAGCCAAGGCUAGGAUUUUAAAGGCUGGUGGCGAAGUUCUUACCUUAGACCAAUUGGCUUUGCGUGCUCCUACCGGUUCAAACACAGUUUUGCUUAGAGGCCCUAAGAAUUCUCGAGAAGCCGUUAAGCACUUUGGCAUGGGACCUCAUAAAAAUGCCAAACCUUAUGUUCGAUCCAAAGGUAGAAAAUUCGAAAAAGCUCGUGGUCGUCGAGCUUCUCGUGGUUAUAAGGUGUAA